AUGGCGUCCAGCUACAACACGGAAGCAGAGGAUGACGAAACCAAUCAGGAAGACAUGCUCAGUGAACUUCCCGGUGACAUUUUGCUUUGUAUAUUGGAUAGGCUCGAACUGCGUGAUGCUGUGAGGACUAGUGCUCUUUCAAGGCGAUGGAGGCAUCUCCCUGGCCUCCUUUCUAAUAUCAUACUCAAUGUUGGGGCAUUUGAGCCCACAGAUAGUCUCAUGUUUACCCUGGAUGACGUCGAUGACAUUGUAUUAAGAAGCAACGCAGAUACGGUUGAAGAAACAAAAAAUAUUCUGGCACACAAGAGUACAUCUGUAAUCAAAUUAUUGAGUUUGGUAUUCUACUUGAGGGAAGGUUUCAUAGACAUUGCUCACUCCAUUAACGAUGCAAUGGCAAACAGAAGUAUUGUCAGCACGAAAUUUCAACUAUUAUCAGGAACGGAUCUGAGACAACGUAUGGGGGAUGACAAUCUCAUAUGUGGAAAAUGUUUGUUGUCAUUUUUCUAUACUUGUCCCCGUGCAUUUGGUUGCCUCGAGCACCUCGUCAUAAGCAAUGCGAGGUUUGGUGAUUCAGACAUCCCUAAUAUGCUUAGCACUUGCAAAAAACUUGAGUACCUCUCCCUAAUCAGGUGUGACUCUGGAUCUCAGCCAGUGUUGCAAUUGGAACACCCAACACUUAUUCAUCUGCGAUUUCCCUUGACUUGGAUUUGGAUUGAACCAGAACAUCCUAAACUAUUGGCUGCCAAUUUGCAAAAUUUGCGGUUUGCUAGUCUUACUAAAAUUCAUGAAGACUGUGAUCUAACUUGGACAUUUUUUCUUUUAGAAGCUGCACCUCUGUUGGAAGACCUGCACAUAAUAGGACGUGUGGGACCAUGA